UAUAUCUCUUUUACCGAAUCGCGCGGAACGGCCACCCCCAAUAUUAUCGCAUUAGCAGGGGUCCCCGCCCCCAUUUCGCACGCCCCCCCGUCAUACAUAUAUUUCACAUACGUACAUAUAGUGCUUACAUAUACCUCGGUCGCCCGUCGAAAAUAACACGACGCCCACCUCCAUUAGCCCAUUAUUUCCUCUGCAGGCCCCCCAGGCAUCAUCUGUUUCUCAACCCCGUGCCCUUUUCCCCCGCGCCCUCUCACGCUCCCUUCCGACCCCUUCUAUCAUCUGGCUAUCUCGGCCUCCACAAAUCUGCCAACAUACAACCAAACAUACGACCCGUAUAGGUCCAUCCGAUACAGACUGAGACACGCACACACAACCCUUCGACCCGCAGGUCCGGGGCAAACAAAAUAACAGACUAUCCGGACAGCGGGUUGUUGCUAUUCAGAGCAUAACCGACAAUAAGCCCGCUCAGGUCUCUACCCGGUUGGGCCCCGACGAAUCGUCAUUCCACCUCGGUCCCUGAUGAUAUCCUCAACUCGACGGUUUUAACCACAACCCGUCUCUUUUACCACCCUUUGGCAACUAUCACGAAUCUUGCACCAGAGCUACCAUACGAAUCCGGUACGACCGCCAGAGUCCCAACAUGGCAGCCGUGGCUAUGAGUCCCAAGAACCCUCACGUCCCUCCCAGCCCCGAUGUCAAGCGGCCCAGAGGCAUCUUAAAGAACUCGUUUCUGAAAUCGCCACCUCCGCCAUCUCCGACUCCAGUUGAGCUCACCGACAAGGAGCUCACUAUAGCCAACACCCAGGCCAACGCCGGCCACCGUCGCUCCUCGAGCACCACCAGCCGGCCCGCCGGCUCCCGCCGCCAGUCGUCGCGCGCUCCCGCCAACGGCUCCGCCAUCGACGACGAGGUCUUCGACGGCAACCAGCGUCUGAAAUGGGACGAGGCGAAUCUCUACCUCACCGAGCAGGAGCGCACGUCGACUAUGAAGAUCACCGAGCCGAAGACGCCGUACGCUAGGCAUUAUGAACCGUCUGAGGACGACGAGGAUGAGGACGUCGAGAUGGCCCUCGACGGCCGGGGCUCCCGGCGCGAGGAGAUCCCGGGCCUGUCGCUCGGCGAGCCGGAGGAGGAGGUGCCCGAGGACGAGUUCGGCCCCGCGCGCAACAACGGUCGGCACAGCAAGAGCAAGGUGCACGUCAGCGACGAGGACGCGACGCCCCAGCACGAUGCCGAGAACGAGUACCUGCUCAUGACCCCCGAAGAGCGCGAGAAGCACCGCAAGUUCGAGCAGCUGCGGAAGAAGCACUACGAGAUGAAAGAUGUCGCCCGCUUUCUCGGCCACCCCGAAUCGCUCGAUGAGAUCGAGGACGACGAUGAUAAGGAUAACUACGCCGACCGCAACGGCGUGCCCCCGGUGCCGAGGAUCAACGGCGCUAAGGUCGGUGCUGGCGAUUAAGCGGGUGCAAGGAAAACAGUACCAGGGACCACAUACAUCUCCCUGUGGCUGUGCUUCCUAAGGGUGCUUGUGUAUGUGAGUGUGCGUGUGUCAUCACCGUCGUCCUAUAGAAGGGGUAGUAGGCACGGACAAAUAGAAUCGGGGAUGAUUGCAUGCACAACGGUGAUUGCGAAUCAGG